AGUUUGAAAUUGUUUGCUUGGCAGUGUUAUCCAGGGAUAUAUUCAUCUCUUGUGUCAUCCUUGGCGUAGUUCGUGAAAUAAAUUUGAGUGGACUCUCAUAGUUAAAUGGAAGUUAUUAUUUGAGUUUUAUAAAUGUGAAUGAUAUGAAGUGUAAAUAAAAAUAUAUUCAUUAAUGUCAAUAAAUGUGCCAAAAAUUUGUUGUUAACUUGAAGUUGAGUGUUUUUCCAGUUGUGGGUCAUUCUCUCUAUGCCACUUCCCUUCUGUUGAAAAUGGAAAUUCAAGUGGGGCCAAUUUAUCUGCAAGACUGCCGGUUGCAAUUCACCACGACUUCCAGCUGUGGUUGCUACACAAUUUUUUUUUGUCGUAUCAUUUUUAGAGUAAAAUAUUGCAGUCGCUUCUUAAUUAUUCGACUAUGUUUAUUACAACAGAAUAAAUAUGCUGAAUAAUAAUAAAUAUCUAUACCAAAUCCAUAAAAUAUUAAAUUUGAUGUGCAUAACUUUUGGAAAAUUCUUGUAACUGUUCCUCUGUGCUUGCUAUUUCUUACUACUCUGGCAACCCCUCGGUAUUUGUGUAUCUGUAGUGGGAUAUUUUUGCGAGGCCUAACAGAAAAUAAAAGCAAGUUUUACAUCGACUUUGGAGCGCUAAAGAAGUAUCUACGAUCGGCAAGACGAAAAAGAUAACACAUAAGUAACAACAUUUAUAAGAUAAUAAAAUUACAUAUAUACAACUUAUAAGAUGUGGUGCAUAGCUUAGUGAAAUAGUGAAAAUAUAACUUUGGAGGCCGAGUAUGCACUCUAAAGAAACAAGAACAAAGCGUCGAAAUACGGAUUAAAGAAAAAAUAAAAAUUGUAUAUUUGCAUAUAACAAAUUAAAUCAAACAUUUAAUACGCUGAAAUAACCGAGCAACAAAUUAUAACACGUGUCGCGACGCGACAAGGCUGUUGCAAUUGCAACUCGCCAAUCAAAAAUUUCCUUCUCCCGUGUAACAGACCGAAAGUCCGGCCUAAUGAAAAUGGUAGAUAAAUCAUCCAAAUUGGAUAAAUUUAGCGCCAACAUGGGCGUAAGUGGCACCGGUGCAGGAGGAAGUGGUGGAGGUGGGAGUGGUGUCAACAGUGGUUUUACUGCUGGUGCUAGUGGUCUAUUGCACACCGGUGUUGGCAGUCAAAACGGUCAGAAGCCGGUGCCAAUGAAAUUAUUUGCUGCUUGGGAAGUGGAUCGCACACCACCAAAUUGUAUGCCGAGACUAUGUUCGUUGACAAUAACGCGCCUAUCCAUACUGACACCAUUGCCCGGCGAUAUGACGUCACUAACGUUGGCUGUCAAGAUGCAAAGCUCCAAACGCACGCUACGCUCCCACGAGAUACCCAUAAACAGUAGUGGUUUUACGCAAAGUGGCUCAUCCGGUGGGGCAGUAACCGGUUCGACUGCCCCCAAUAGUGGCGGCGGCGGCGGGGUUGCUGGCAACAUUAUACAGCAAAGCAACUCCGGAGCUGCACUUAUCGGCAGCGGCAGUGGCAGCGCACAAAUGGGUUCGGCCAUAAUUGGCACACCCGGAAAUAUUGGAAACACGGGCAUUGGCAUUGGCGGAAGUGGCAGCGGUGCGUCCAUGACGAUGAGCGGUUUCGCCGUUGUCGGAGGCGGUGCUACGACGAUGCCACUGGCAGAGACUGAACUAGAUCUACACUUUAGCCUCCAGUAUCCGCAUUUUAUUAAGCGCGACGGCAAUAGACUGGUUAUAUUGUUGCAACGACGCAAAAAAUACAAAUCACGCACCAUCUUGGGCUACAAAACCCUUGCCGAGGGCAUUAUACGCAUGGAUGCGGUGCUGCAAAAGUCCAUGGAUAUGACGGUCGAACUGACGGCAACUGGCAAGAAUGGCCGACCGGGCACCACGGUGGCGUGUCUGCGCGCCGAACGCGUCUCUUCCAUUCCAGUUGAUCAAGACAAUAAGAAUAACAAUAGUGUCCUAUUAGCAGAUCGCGUUGCUGAAUAUUCGGACGAGGACGAAGAAGGAGAAUUCAGUUCUGGUGAAUUUAACGAUGACGCCGCCGAGCUAGGUAUCCCCGGUUACGAUCCCAAGCGGGACUACAAUCCGAGCAAGCACGAUAUGCGCAAGUAUCGCAAACUGCAACGCUCCGAGGUGGAAGACGUCGCUCUUGGCACCAACCCAGUGGAUAGUGACAGUGAAUUUGAGAUGAAGGACAAGAGCUCGUCACGGGCGAAGAUCAGUCGGACAAUUUCAUUACAACAACGUAAUUUCAAGCAAAAAAUUGUCGCGUUGCUGAAACGUUUCAAAGCCUCCGAGGAGUUGGAGGGUGAGGUGAGCCGUGGCACGGCAGCUCUUCGUGGCGAACGCGAUUUGGAUGCACUCUUCCAGGAGCUCGAGUCGCUGUCAUGCUGCGAGGGCGAUGAUUCUGGUCCCGACAUGGACAGCUUGUCAAUUGGCUCGACACCAAAACCUUCGCUGCGCCCAUUUUUCACCAAUUCGAGGAUAAUGCUGCACGACAAUAGUGUCGGUGGUGGCAACUUUGAACGCAGAUCAUCGGAUAAAAGCGACCAAUUGACCAAUUCGUCAUUCAAUUAUGAUAAUACUAGACAAAAAUGCAUUCAUUUAACAAACAAUAACAAUAAUUCGGCAACAACACCAGAUCGCCCGACGGACUACCGGAACGACAGCUCUGGCAAUGAGGGCAACGCUUUCAAUACCGAUGGCCAGAACUCCGACCCACAGAACAGUCCUCCACGUAGCGACAAAGACUACAUGCGUUUGCAGUUAUUGCAACAAACACAACAGCAAUUGACUCCAGUGAGCGGUGGGGGUAACAGCGGCAGUGCUUUCACUUUUAGCGAGAAGCGUUCGCGUCUGUUUCGGUCAUCGAGCAAUACACCAAGUGGCGCUGGCAGCGGUAGUGGCGGCGGUGGUGCCAUUGGCAUGGGCAUGAGUAAGAAAAAGCAGACGCUUAGCUUAACAGCUGAGCCACGUUCAGUAUUAGAGACAUGUCUGUCGCCGACAAAUGUGGAACCGAGAAAACUGUUGCUCGAUCAAUUGAGCCGAAUAUUCGCCAGUGACGACACAAAUCUUCCCGAUGUGGUCACAUUAAUUAGCCCCCCUGAGGCGCUAAGUGGCAGUGCACUAAUGCCCAAACUGACAACGUUGUUGGCAAACUCCUUCAAGCCAGCUUUUGUACCACAAAAUACGGCGGAAGUGAAGGCGGUGCUCCAGGCGUUAAUGGGCAAGAUACAAAAAUACUGCAACUCGAAUGCGAAGCCACCGAAUACGGUGAAAAUAUUACUAUUAGGAGGCGAUUGGCUGCAGGGCGCAGCCUUACGGCAUUACGUCGAGUUGAUGGGUGUGCGUCCCCCGGACUGGCUGAAUCAUUUGCGGUUCUACAUUGUGCCGAUCGGCAGCGGCAGCACAAUAGCGCGUUAUCUCAGCCAGGUGGAUUUGACAUAUGGUGCCAUGUUUGGUUCGGACAAUUGGUAUCAAUUGUGCGAGCGCGUAGCGGCAACUGCGGCGGCGGUUAGUGCCGUAACGACGGUGAAUGCCUCGGCGUUGUCAACGACGCUCGGCGACUCGGUUACGGCGAAUAAAUCCGACAUUGUGGAGAUGGUGCAACGCAUACAGCGUUAUUUACACGCCGCCGGACCAUGCACUCAGAUUCCCAUUGGUGAGGCUAUGGUCAAUUACAAGGACGAGGAUUCACGUCAAAUAUUCGUGCCAUUCGUUAGUGAUGUGCGAAUUGGUUAUUUGGAGGGCCCACAAGUCUCACUCGAUCUCGAAGAGAACGCCACGCAAGCUGGCGGCAAUACUGGCGUGCAACAGUCGCUGAAUAUGUCCAGCGCCAUACCCAUUGGAAAUUGCAAUGCCACGAAUUUAUCUGGGGCCGGUGGCGUGGCUGGGUGCAACAACGCACCAUCUGGUUCGCCACCCCAGAGCGGUAGGAUCUCACCCCCUCAGCAAACGCCACCCUCGUCGGCUAACGCGCUACGUGAUCGUGGUGGCGAUUCGAUUAACACACCCACAGCGCAGUCGAGCGCCGCAUCCGAGUCGGUGGAAUUGCAAGUGGAUUAUUGGCCCAUUAUUCGACCAGGUGAUUACACACCCAAAGAAAAAAGUAUAACGCGUAGUGGCGAUCAGGGUGGUAAGAGUAGCAUUAAGAGCACAUUUAGGAAUCUACAGGUUUGGCGGCUACCGCAGAAUGCCCAAUUAGGCGAAAUGUCCCAUGGCAUGACAGUGAAUUUCGCGACCAAAGAAAAGAAACAGAAACAAAUUAUGCGCCUAGGUAAGAAAAAGGAAAAAGACCGUGAUCUUGAAAAGGAGCAGUGCGUCGAAGGUGUGGCGCGUUUGAUUUGCUCCCCCAAACCGUCGCACCCAGUACCGUUAAGAGUUUUCAUCGAUGGCACAGAAUGGACUGGUGUGAAAUUCUUCCAGUUGUCUUCGCAAUGGCAAACACACGUAAAGAAUUUUCCAAUUGCUCUCAUUGGUUGUACGCCAAUGUCUUGUUCUGAGAUAUCCUAGUCAUUUUAAAAACAAUAUUUAAACCGAUAAAAUAUAAAAUAUUUAAUAAUUAAUGUAACAAUUCUACUUAUAUAAUAUCAGAUAAAUAUGCAUAUAAACAUGUAAUAGCUACGUUGGUUAUCAUAUUGUACGUAGUACUACUACUACUUACUUUAAUAACUUAAAAAUAUUGUAUUAUAUAUGUUUGGAAAUAGACUUACACACAUCCAACACACAUCCACAUUCAAAAGGCCUUCGCAAUUGCGUUCAAAGUCUCUAUUGUGCAGAGACUUGUGCUUUCGGGACAAAAUAUAAUUCGAAAAGACAAUUAUGAAUUAGAAGGCAACCCCGCAUCUUUUGUUUAAUUAAGUCCAAUAACUUAUAGAAUACGUGUAGGACAUUGCGUGUCAUCAAUAUGGUUGCCCUAGCCCUUUUGUUUGUCCACACUGCUAUAUAAAGAUACACAUAUUUUUAUUUUUAAUCCAUGUAAACGCGUUAAGAGACAUAUACAUACCCAUAUACAUUUAUUUUUUAUGUGUUUUAAAUCCAAUUUAGUUUUGAACUGAUUGUAAAAAUAAACAGAAGAAUAUUUAAAAUUAAAUGCGCUUACUUAUAUAACUCGUAUGUAUGUGAGCAUAUAAAAUUUAAAGAAAACGAGGUGAAUUACAAAACUAAACCAUGCUUGCUAAUCCUAGAAGUAGUUCUACAAAACAUAAACAUACAUAUAUAUAAAUAGACCAAUGGUAGUUACGCCGACAAUGUGUUAAAUGCAAUAUGAAACUUGAAUCUCGCGAUACAAGUAUAGCAUACAAUUUAUAGCUUCCUACUACCACCAGCCAUAUUGUAAUACUAAAUAAUACUAAACGUUAAACACAAAUACAGUACAUAUACAAGUUAUCAGAAUUUUAAAAGAGUGAAACGAAAGCGAAACGUAAAUUAACAUUAAAAUGCCACCGUGUUCAGUGCGCUACGGUGACUGAACUCCAACGAAUUUCCAUCAAUAAAACACCUGUAUCAGAAUAUUUCCUUAUUAAAUAUUAGAUAUUAAAUAAACAAAAUAAAAAUCGAACAUGUUAUGAAUUGAGGUAGCAUAAAGUACAUAACCGUUGACAAUUCUACAUAGAUUGACGAACUUUUUGAACUCUUGAUGUGCUGUAGCGUAAAUUAUCACAUAUUAUAUAGUCUGUUAUGCAAAAGAAAAUUUUGAAAAGACUCAAAAAACUGUAUCAGAAGUUAUUUAAGCUCCUGUAUGUUACUCAUUUUGUAUAAAUUGGUUUUUUCCCUUCCAUUUGAAUCGCAAACUUAUUUAUUUGGCUACAUUCACACUUAAGUCGAGCUUCCUGUCAAAAUCAUCGUUGAAAAACUGGUACGAAUAAUUAUUCAAUACUCAGUAACUCAGUAAUCGUAAUAACAAAUUAAUUCUCAUACAUUUUAACAGAGGGAGAAUUUUUUUCGUUGUUUUAAAAAUUAUCAACACACAUCACAAACUAUCAUCCUCAAUCUAUUAACUGUACAUAAUAUUAUUUCCUUAAAAAUAUAUCCCAGACAGCUAAUAUACAUUUAUUUUUAUGAUUUUUUCGAAUUUAUUUUUUAUAUAAUUUUUUAGUGUUUAAUAUCGUCAGACUUUACAAAGAGACUGCGGAAACUAAACUCGGUCGUUAAUUUAGUUUUUUAUUCACUUAGAUUAUACGGAUUGCAAAAACAAAAACAUAUGUAUAAAUAACUUCUUUGACUGGUUGUAGAUUAAGGAAAACCAGUAAUGAAUUCGCAUGUAUGAUUGUGGAUUCCUUAAUUGAAGAAACUCUUAUAAAUUGUAAAGAAACUUUAAUUGUUGUGAUCUAGAGUAAAAGUUGUAAUGUAAGAACAGCAAUAUUUGUAGAGAUGUCUAUGUAGUUAUCUCAAGUGCGAUAUGUAAUAUAAGUAUAUUUAGUAAAAUGUUUAUCCAUA